AUGUGCUGUGUGCUGUUGCAGAGAAAUGCUGGCAGCAGCUCAGAUGGGACUGAAGACUCAGAUUUCUCCACGGACCCUGAGCACACAGACAGCUCAGAGAGCGACGGCACCUCCAGGAGAUCUGCCCGUGUCACCCGUUCCUCUGCCAGGCUCAGCCAGAGCUCCCAGGAUUCCAGCCCAGUUCGGAAUCCACCAUCCUUUGGAGCAGAAGAGCCUGUGUACUCCACGAGGAGGGUGACCCGCAGCCAGCAGCAGCCUGCUCCAGUCACUCCCAAGAAGUAUCCCCUGAGGCAGACACGCUCCUCCGGCUCCGAGACGGAGCAGGUGGUGGAUUUCUCCGACAGAGACACUAAAAACACAGCGGAUCACGAUGAGUCUCCACCUCGUACCCCCACUGGGAAUGCUCCUUCCUCAGAGUCUGACAUUGACAUCUCCAGUCCAAACGUGUCCCACGAUGAGAGCAUUGCCAAGGACAUGUCCAUGAAGGAUUCUGGGAGUGACCUGUCUCACCGCCCUAAGCGCCGACGCUUCCACGAGAGCUACAAUUUCAACAUGAAGUGUCCCACUCCUGGCUGUAACUCCUUAGGACACCUGACUGGAAAACACGAGCGACACUUCUCCAUCUCAGGCUGUCCUCUCUACCACAACCUCUCAGCAGAUGAGUGCAAGGUGAGAGCCCAGAGCAGGGACAAGCAGAUUGAGGAGAGGAUGCUGGCCCACAGGCAGGAUGACAACAACAGGCAUGCCACCAGGCACCAGGCCCCAACAGAGAGGCAGCUGAGAUACAAAGAGAAAGUAGCUGAGCUCAGGAAGAAGAGAAACUCAGGACUGAGCAAGGAGCAGAAAGAAAAAUACAUGGAGCACAGACAAACCUAUGGCAAUACCAGGGAACCUCUCCUGGAAAACCUGACCAGUGAGUACGACCUGGAGCUGUUCCGGAGGGCACAGGCACGAGCGUCUGAGGACCUGGAGAAGCUGAGGCUGCAGGGGCAGAUCACUGAGGGCAGCAACAUGAUCAAGACCAUCGCGUUCGGGCGCUACGAGCUGGACACGUGGUACCACUCGCCCUACCCCGAGGAAUACGCUCGCCUGGGGAGGCUCUACAUGUGUGAGUUCUGCCUCAAGUACAUGAAGAGCCAAACCAUCCUGCGCAGGCACAUGGCCAAAUGUGUUUGGAAACAUCCACCCGGGGAUGAAAUCUACCGCAAAGGCUCCAUCUCUGUCUUUGAAGUGGAUGGGAAAAAGAACAAGAUCUACUGUCAAAACCUGUGUCUGCUGGCAAAGCUUUUCCUGGACCACAAAACACUAUAUUAUGAUGUUGAACCUUUCCUCUUCUAUGUCAUGACAGAAGCUGACAACACUGGCUGCCACCUGAUAGGGUAUUUCUCCAAGGAGAAGAAUUCCUUCCUCAACUACAAUGUUUCCUGCAUCCUGACAAUGCCUCAGUACAUGAGACAAGGCUAUGGCAAAAUGCUCAUUGACUUCAGCUAUUUGCUGUCUAAAGUAGAGGAAAAAGUUGGCUCUCCAGAACGUCCUCUCUCGGAUUUGGGUCUCAUCAGCUACAGAAGCUACUGGAAGGAGGUUCUCCUGAGAUACCUGCAUAACUUCCAAGGAAAAGAGAUCUCAAUCAAAGAGAUCAGCCAGGAGACAGCAGUGAACCCUGUGGACAUCGUGAGCACCUUGCAGGCCCUUCAGAUGCUCAAGUACUGGAAGGGAAAGCACCUGGUCCUGAAGAGACAGGAUCUGAUUGAUGAAUGGAUAGCCAAAGAGGCCAAAAGAUCCAACAGCAACAAGAUCAUGGAUCCCAGCUGCCUGAAGUGGACCCCUCCCAAGGGCACCUAAGUGCCCUGACUCCUGCAGCCAGUGCCCCCCAGCAGUAGAAGUACCCUAGGGAUCUCUGUUGUAUCCAUUCUGUUGUGGUUGGCUGGUACAGUGCCCUCCCCAAAGCUCAGCUGCCCUUGGUGCUGGCAUGGCCUGGAUCUUUGUGCAUCCCACAGUUCUGAGGAACUUGAUGUUUCGGCCUCAGUGAGGCUGCAAGGAUUGGAUCUGUUUUGGACCCAAAGGAAGCUCCCAGCAGCGCUGGCCCAAGGAGUUCUGCUUGCUGGUACUGUACCUGUCCAGUCACUGGUCUGACCCUCAUGUUCCUGCUCCCAUGAGGUUGUGU